AUCUCCACCGGGCGCAGGAGACGGCGCUCUGUGGUACCUCCGCGUGCAGUGUCGCUGUCGCCGUAUCUGAGGCGGAUCGGGUCGCAGCAGCCGGACCGUUUCACCCGGUUGUCAGCUCGCGUCGGCCGCAAGGAGAUGGCAGACGAUCUGGGAGACGAGUGGUGGGAGAAUCAGCCGGCCGCCGCCGGCAGCCCAGUACCAUCCGGUGGUGAGGAAGGAGGAGACACAGAAAUGAUGCAGCAGGACACAGCUCCAGUUCCUGAGCCAUCGAAGGAAACCAAACAGCCUUUAGAGUGUUUCUUGACACAACCGAAGGAAACAAAGGAGGAAACCCAGAAGACCAAGAAGUGGAAAAAGAAGAAAAUUUCUGAGAUUCUUGCAAAAUCAGAGCCCAAACCAGGGACUCCCGGGGAUCUUCAGCAGCUUAUCAAGAACCAUUACAGUGGCAGUCGUUCUGUGAUUGAGUUGGAAGAGCUGAACCUACCAGACUCCUGUUUCCUCAAGGCCAAUGAUUUGACUCACAGUCUCUCUUCAUACCUAAAAGAAAUAUGUCCUAAGUGGGUAAAACUUAGAAAAACACACAGCGAGAAGAAGUCGGUUCUGAUGCUAAUCAUGUGCAGCUCUGCUGUCCGAGCCCUGGAGCUCAUCAGGUCACUGACAGCAUUCAAAGGAGAUGCAAAAGUUAUGAAAUUAUUUGCAAAACACAUAAAGGUCCGGGAGCAGGUGAAGUUGCUGGAGAAUCGUGUGAUACACCUGGGUGUGGGAACUCCGGGGAGAAUCAAGGAACUCGUUAAACAAGAUGGCCUUAAUUUGAGCCCCUUAAAGUUUCUGGUUUUCGACUGGAACUGGAGAGAUCAGAAACUAAGGAGAAUGAUGGACAUUCCCGAGAUAAGAAAGGAAGUUUUUGAGCUUCUAGAUAUGGGAGUGUUUAACCUCUGCAAGUCAGAGUCCUUGAAGCUGGGCCUUUUCUAAGCCUGGGUCCUGAUGAAGUGUCCAGUUGCCACCAUGCUGCAAGUGCUCAGUGACUACCAACUGUGAUGUAAUUAUGUUAAGUGCAUCCAUUACCCAGUGGAUCAUGGGAGUGCUUCAUGGGAAUUCUUGGACAGCUAUGAAUCCUUUGGCUCAUGCCUUCAUUCAAUAAAGAAGCUAUGCCUUG